ACCAUGGAGGACGCCGCACGCGAAGUCUUGCGCGACUCGGAGGUGCUGAAAGUGACGCUGCAAGCCUACGCGACGCCCACUUCCGAUGACGGGUCUCCCCCGACGCCUGCUGGCGACUUGAAAGACAAGGAUAGGCGCGUUCUUGCCGUGAUAUCACACCAAUACUUUGGCGAGGAUGAGCAAGGCGCAUUUCUCGUUCUCAAGCCUCCGACCGGAUCUACGCUUGCACCCCGUGUCGUGUCAGUGGAGCACGUAUUCCCCAUUGUUGGCCGGUUCUCCAUCACUAUGGCCCAAGGGAGUCAGCAAUUGGUUGGAUUUGGGACCUCGGCGACUCUCAAUCAGCCCAAAACUGAUCUCUUCGUCACAAUAACGCCGGACGGUUCAUCGCCGCCUCUGACCCUGUUAACGCAUGACCUAACGCAACUUCGCGCUCUCCUGGCCGAAUAUAAACGUCUGAAAGAAAUUGCCGAUUCCGCUCCUACGUCAACCGCCGUAACGACAUACUCGUGGCUCGCGCCAUACACAGCGAGGCAGCACUCACCGACACCACCUUUCUCGUCCAAAUCACCUCCGCCGGAUCUUAGGGUGGUAACGCAACCUCUACACACGCGUUUAUCCAAAGCUAGUGCAGGUGACCCCGGCGACGACGCCGGAGACAUCGCCAUCAUCCGAGAAGAUUGGUUGCGCACACGGGCGCGGGAGGCAUGCGCUCAAGAACAGGAUGCCGAGUCGCGUCGAACGACGUACAGACUACGCCUGGGAACGUUCAACGUGAACGGCAAGCUGCCCUCGCAGGACCUCGCUGGCUGGGUCGGCGGGCGAAGGGGCGUCGGGUCGGGUUUCCUGCCGCCUGUGCCGACCGUGUCCCCGCUUGAUGUGGGGCUGGAUAAGGUUCUCGGUGCUGAGACUCAAAGCGGUUCGGGCACAGAGGACGACAAGAAGUCGUCACUUUCGUCCGAAACGGAAACAGCGGUUGCCGCUCCUCCGAAUGAAGAUUUCGCAAAGGAAGAAACCGAUGCCGUCGCUGUCGCGAGUCCGGUCAAGGAGGAAGAAAGUGAUCCGGAUUUCCUCGUCCUCGGCUUUCAGGAACUUGAUCUGUCGACCGGAGCGCUGGUAUAUGCGACGGACACGACGAGGGAAGACUCGUGGGUCGCUGCUGUUCUCGCUGGCCUUGGCGAGAAAGCAGAGCUGUACGAAAAGCUAGCUUCAAAGCAGCUCGUCGGGAUGCUAAUCAUCGUUAUGGUUAAGAAACGUCUCCGUCCGUCGGUGAUUGACGUCAAGACCUGUUCCGUAGGAGCCGGUAUCAUGGGUCUAAUGGGCAACAAGGGCGCCACUGCCGUACGGAUCACGCUGGCUCCGCUUUUGAGCGACAGCACCUCUGUUCCGACUGUGCUGACCUUCGUGAACGCACAUCUCGCUGCAUUCGACGAGAUGGUCGACCGCCGGAAUGCUGAUUUUCACGACCUGUCUCGUCGACUUGUCUUCAACGGUGCUUGGAACCCGAGCUCCUCGCAAUAUACAGAAGCAUAUAGCGUAUUUGAGAGCGAUUGCCUGUUCUGGAUGGUAGAUUUGAACUAUCGGAUCGAUUUACCGGACCAGGACCUGCGAAACAUCCUAGGUUCUGCUGCGAGAGAUAUUUACUUGGACUCGGUACAAAGAUUUGAUCAGCUGAAAAUAGCCAUAACGAAGAGCAAGGCAUUCGUUGGCUUUUCGGAGCAUCAGAUUGCUCAUUUACCCACAUAUCGGUUCGCACCAGGAGUUAUGACAGACAAGAUGGGCUAUGACAUGAAGCGAAAACCAGCGUGGUGUGACAGGAUUUUGACCAUAGUCGAGCCAACCGUUAGCUUCGAGCAACUGUCGUACGCGAGUCAUCCCGAGAUAAGUCAAAGCGACCAUAAACCGGUAUCUGCGGAGUUCAUCAUCAAAUGCGAUAAUCACCGAACAGAUGGUUACGACCGUGUACUGGGCCGUCUAUACAAAACGGUUUACGACUUCGAAGAGUUUGAGGAGCCGCCCAAGUUGAAGGUAUCGGAGACUAGUGUUGACCUCGGCAAAGUGAGAUACAAUAGACCUGCGACAAGAUCAAUACAAGUUCGGAAUGUAGGAAAGCAACCUUGCGCCUUCCGGUUCGUCGCAGCAGACCCCCAUGAAUCACUGCAUCCGAAAUGGUUGAAAAUCGAACCUCUUGCAGCUCUCCUACUUCCCGAAGAAACCUGCGAGGUUUCCAUAACCUGUCGUGUUGACAGGACAACGGCAGAAUCAUUGACUACGGCGCCUGAACUGGCGUGCACCCUAAUUUUACAUACAGAGCUUGGCAAAGAUCACUUCGUUCUCCUCACCGGGGAGUAUGAGCGAACGUGUUUUGGCAACUCGUUGAAGACGCUCACCCGUCUUCCCGGUCCAAUCCGUUCGCUGGAGUCGAAGGAUCUGCUUCCAGAGGAAAAGGCGAACAACGCACCGCGCGAACCCAUGAGAUUGGCCAAUUGGCUCAUGGACCAUGCAUCGUGGAUAGUGGAUCAUAAGGAGCAUGUGCAAAAGCUGUUCCUAUCGGACACGGCGGAAGACAUACUCGUGUCUAUUCGAGAUUGCCUCGAUACUGGUGACGAAUUCCCUCUUAUGCCUGAUAUCGAAACCCCCGAUACCACCCAUAUACUCGCUUUUGGAGAGGCUUUAAAACAGAUGCUGGACUCCCUCUCGGAGCCAGUAAUACCGUGGCAGUUUCACGAGCGCUGCGCCCAAAUCCUCGAUAGAGAUAUGGCAAUCGAUUGCUUGAGUGAACUUCCUGCCGCGUCUGUUAACGUCUGGAUAUCUGUCACAUCCCUGUUGCACUUCAUAAGCCAGCAGGGCGAUGAUCCCGCUGCCAGAGCGAACGAACUUGCGGCUAUCUUUAGCAACAUCUUGCUUCGAGACGAUUCCUCGUACCAAUAUACUCCAAUCUCCCCAUGGAAGAAACGCGAUUUUCUAAUGUUGUUCAUUAGACCUUAGCGACAAUCACAUUCUGAUGUUUUCAAUGCGGCUUUUUGCGUCUCUAUCCGUUUGCUUCACCUUCGCGAAGCGCCACGUAUCUCCGAAACACAGGACAGAAGCGAUAAGAAUUAGACGAUGAUAUUCUACUUCAACUAAAAACCGUUCGCAAAGCAUGUCUAUGCCACGAAAAGACAGUAAACGCCCGGACCCUACAGGUGUCUAGAGGCUGAUGUUGAUGGGCACGCAGCCGAUGGAUACCAAUCCGUUGAAGGAGUUGUUCUCACAGCACACAGGACUAGCGCUGCAGCUGUUACCGCCAAGGCCGACGGCCGAAAGCGGUGAACAGCCCAGACCGAUAUCCUCGACAGCGCUCAAGACUAUACCAAGGAGACCAAGGAUACCAGCGGCUCCAGGAUCGUCGGACUUGGUGACGGAGUUGCAGCAUUGGAUUGAGCCCGUGUUACAUUGCGAAGGUGACCCUGACGGUGAUGCCCUCUUGGCCGCGGAGACGCGGGAGGCAGAGUAUGGCUGGCGAGGCGCAAGAGGCGGGAGCCCGCGCUUCAUCCGGUCGGCGUUGGCGCCGAUCGCGGAAGCGGCGACAGUGGCCACGAUAGCAAAGAGUAAAGAGAGGGCGAAUCCAAGCUUCAUUGUAUAGAUAAUAAUGGGCGGCCGCAAGGGUGAUCGGGUCUUUGGG